AUGAUUUUUAAUAAAUUCACUCUUAAUUUUAAAUCGAAAUCUGUUGAAAAUGAUUAUAGAAAGUUGUAAUAAAUCUACAUAAAGUAGGAAUUCACACUAUUUUCAAUACAGACAAUAGUAAAAAUAAUAUUGAUUCUAGUUAUUUUUUACAGCUUAUAUAUUAUACUACUUUUAAGAAUAUACUUUUAAUGGAAUUAUCAUAGCAAAUAUUUUAGCUUUUAUGUUAUCAAUAGUAUUGCUGAAAUUCAUAAUGAAUUCUCAUCCAUCAUGGAAUGAGUAUAUAUUGCCACUACUGUAAAUUUAUAUUGCCUACAUUUGGAAUUUAGACAAUUUUUUCCCCACAACAACAGAAGAUCCUAAUUAUGAUUAUGAUGCCAGUUAUGAGUAUAACUGGUAUUAUGGAUUGCAAGCAUUCUACUUUCAUUUUGGUAACAAAUAAUAAAAUGUAUUAAAGCAAUUUUGCAACUUGGGUAUCAAAUAUGGCCUUAGGCAAUUGUUCUUUUUGCUGUAUAUAUUUAAUAUGUUACAUAUUAUCCUACUGAGACAUUAGAAUAUUUAGCUAUGUGUUUGACAAUAUUUUUAGUUUUUAUUGGAUUAGUUGUAAUGAAAUAUUCAAAUGAAAAGAUAAAAAGAUUAUAAUUUAGAGACAGUAGAGAAUAAAAUAGAUGGAUUAAAAUUAUAGAUUAAGUUUUAGAGUAAUCUAUUGUUGUUAUUAAGUUUGAUCAAAAAUAAGAUUAAUUAAUACUUUAAUAAAUAAAUGAAAUAUCAAAGACAAGAUUAAAAAUUGAAAAUAAUAAAGAAUUAAGAGAAAUGCUUAGAAAUGUACCAUAAUAUAAUUAUUAUAUUUAGAUGAUUAUAGAAAUUAACAAUUUGGAGAAAGAUCAUGUUAAAUAAAAGAAUUUAGAGUAAGAAAUAAGAGAUCUCAUAAUUAAAAAUGAUUAAUAUAAAUUAAUUACUCAUUAAGUUGAUGUUCGAUCAAAUGUUUUACAGUAAGAAUAUAAAGUAAAGUUGAUACAAUAAGUAUUAUCAGAUGAAUAUUGUGUGAUUGCAAUAUUUGAAUCAAAUUUAAAACAUUAAAAUAAAUAACUCUAAAUUGAAGUUAGGUAAAAAGAAAAUAUCUUUAUAUAUUUAUUGAAGUAAUUCUUCUAAUAAAUAAAAACUGCUAAUACUAAAUUGAAAAUACUAUAUUCAAUGAUUAAUUUUUAAUAAAUUCGUCUAUUACUUUAUGAUGAGAAUCUAAAAACUAAUUAAACUUGGGUAUCUACAUCAGUCAUCAUAAAUUAAAUUAAUCUAUUAUAUUCAAAGAAAAUUAAAAUUAUUAUAAAAAAAGAUUUAUAAGGGUUUUUGACUAAUUAAAUAUAUCUAUUUAGUAUAUUAAUGAGUAUUACAUAAAUCUUUGAUGAAUUUUAACAAAUGAAAAUUAAAGGCAAAAAUAUUUUAAAUAUACAGAGAGUAAAAAUAACUAUGAUAGGUAAGAUGAAUGAUGCAAUUGCUAAUUAAAAAUUAUUAAAAUAAAACUUAGAUUUAACUCAAUCUCUUAAACAAAAUUAAAAGAUUAUAUUAAAGCAUAUUUAAUAAUUAAUAACUAAUAAAAAUAUAUAGACACAAUAGAAAAAUUAGAUAAUAUCAAUCUAUUUAAAUAAAUUUUUGUUAUGGGAAGGAUUUAGAGAAAAAUAUUUCAAUCUUAAAAUAAAAGGAAUGUAUAUUCAUAUGUCUUUUGAAUUUGAAGUUUGA